AUGAGCCUGCAUGCAAAAUCCACAUGAACGGUGGUGAUGGCCCUGAAAGCUACACAAAAAAUUCCAAGUACCAGAAACAACUAGUGAAUUACUCAAAGCAACUCACCAUUGAGCUAAUUGAGCAGCAUCUUGAUGUUGAAAGCUCUUGCUUCGACCCCUCUAAACCGUUUCAAAUGGCAGAUUUUGGCUGUUCUACGGGACCAAACACGUUCAUGGCAGUGCAGAACAUUUCUGAAGCAGUGCAGCGAAAAUACUGCAAGAAAUGGCAGGAGGAAUCGGGGAUACCAGAGUUUCAUGUCUUCUUUAAUGAUCUCGCUGAGAAUGAUUUCAAUGUUCUGUUCAGAAACAUGCCUACUAACCGCCCUCGCCAUUUUACUGCUGGGGUACCCGGUUCCUUCCAUGGCCGCCUUUUUCCGAAGGGCUCCCUGCAUCUCGGGCACUGCUCUUGCGCGCUUAUGUAUCUCUCGAGGCUCCCUAAGGAAAUCGUGGAUAAAAACUCCCCUGCUUGGAACAAAGGCAGAAUUCACUACAGCACCCCGGGAGCAGCAAAAGAAGUCAAGGAGGCUUAUUCGGCUCAGUUCAGACAAGACGUGCUUACCUUUCUGGAUGCACGGGGAGAUGAACUCGUUCCUGGAGGUUUAAUGGUGAUCAUAGUAAUCGGGAUUCCUGAUGGCGUCCUUCCCUCCGAGUGUGGCAUGGGUAUGAAUACCGCCAUUCUCGGAUCCUGCCUGCAGGACAUGGUGAAUAUGGCAAGAAUACCAGAAGAGGAUUUCGAUUCAUUCAACCUUCCAAUGUAUCAUACAUCUCCUACAGAAUUUGAAGCACUGAUAAAAGAAAACGGAUUGUUUGAUAUCGUGAAGUUUGAGAGGUUACCUAAUCCAUUUACAAAGGAAGCAGCAGCAGAUGUCGAAAGGGGUAUUUUACUCACAAGGGCUGUUUUCCAGGGACUAAUCGAGGAUCACUUCGGGAAAGACAUCAUAGAGGAUUUCUUCAAACUUUACUCGAAAAAGCUAGCUGCAAAUCCAAUGGUGUUUCAUGAGAAAUAUCGCCAAGAAGGCAGUUACUUUGUGUUUCUGAAGCGAAAAAUUGCAGAUUAGA